AUGCCUCCCACAGACCCUUCAUUCGACGUGCUACGAAAAAAGGAAAACAUGGAUUCGAGGAGAGAGCACAGAGAUAAAACCAGUCCAGUGAAGGGUGUGAAUUUUAAAAGGCAGAAAUUAAGUGAUGGGGAAGACUUCUGGGCAUCUGCAACCCUGUGCCAAAGUCCGGACAACACCCGCAAUGGGGGAUGCUUAAAUAAAAAUAGGAAAGCCAAGGGGAUCAGGCGCUCCAGUGGAAGUAGUGAAAGUGAAGGCUGCUUCCGGGGGAAUCACAGUAACCUAUGUAACAAUGUGGUGAAGACAGAAAUGGAAAGCACCGCACCAGGGCGUUACCACCCCAUUGAUUACAAAAAUGGUUACUCCAACAACACACACACGCUUGAGGAGGAAGCGGAUAUGGUAACGGGCAAACACGUGGGGAAAGCAAAUAGUGCGGGCAAUCGUCAACCCCGCACCCUGCGCAACCACGUCAGUGACACAUACAAGGCUCUCAUCAACAUUUGUUUGAAUGAAAUUAAAAAAAGUGCAAACGCAGAAGAUGUGCACGAUGUGUAUAGGGUCCUUAAAAACAAGGACCUCAUAUUUGACGAUGAAAAAAUGAGCGGCAACGAAUUUGACAGGAGCAAGGAACAGUUUCCCCGUGGGAGCACCUCCUCCAGUGGGUCAAGAGCGUCACCCCUUAGUCAUAGACAACACUGGGACAACUCUGAAUGUGUUGAGAAGGGUGAGAGAGUACCCCACUAUCGAGUAAAUAGGAAGAGGAGCAAACCGAGCAGCACCUCUGUUAGAAGCAGGAGGGGGCGAAGUGGCGCGCUGAAGAGUUGUCAUAGGGAAGGCGCAAAGGGGGAUGAUAAGGAAUGGAGUGAUGAAGAACAGGAAGAUGACAGCUCCCCGCAUCCCGCAUCAGCCGAUAGGAACACGGGAAGGGGCGAAGUGCAGAAGGGUGUCACAAGUGACCAAUCGGCUAUUCAAGAUGAUGACUCAGAUGAAGGAGGUGGAGCAGACAAACGGGGUGAAGGUGGCGGAGGAAGAGAGAAGCUCCUCGCUUCAGCGGAUGAAGAAGACGCAGCGCGCUUCGCCAGGAAGAAGCUGAAAACGGGGAUGGAGAGAAAUAUCAAUCAAAUAGAAGGCAUCAAUCGGAAUCGCAGCGGUGGAAUGCACCUGGCCAGACCCACCACUAGGGAGAAAAUUGAAUCGGACAUGUACAAUAUCUUCAAAGGGGUUAUUAACAUGCUUACGUGUAAGUACCCACAGCACAACAUAAAGGAGUUCUUCUUCAGCAGCCAAGACAAACUCAAAGAAGAGUAUGAAGUUAACAAAAGUAAGUCUAUACAAAUAACUAGGUACCACUCCAACAGGUGUAAUAAUAUCUACACCAAGAUCAAGCAAGAACUCUUUUACGUCACGAAAAACACCAAACUGAGGAAUCACAUAAUUAAUACAAGGUACAUGUUCGAUGUUUAUAAUUAUUGUGUAAAGAAUAUUAAGAGGAACAUAACUGUACUUUCUCAUUUCAUCCCAAACAAGAAGGACUACAAAUUUAUAACCAAAAUGAUGUUUAAUCACAAUUGUGAAAAUGUGGUAACUUCCGGAAAGGAUGGUUAUAUAAAAAUCUUCCAUGCCAUGACGGGAAACCUAAUCCUCUGCAUUAAGGCACAUCAGAAUGCCAUCACUGAUUUUGAUGUACACCGGUCGGAUAAGUAUAUUCUUUCCUGUGAUGAGAAAGGGGUCGUCAAAUUUUGGCUAAUUGAUAAACACAAAUUUAAAACUCUCUUCACGUAUAGAAGAUCCUUUCUAAUGAAGAACGUACACUUUUUUUAUCAUGAAAAAGGGAAUAGUCACAAUCGAAAUGGUACUUACAAAACGUAUGCCAUCUGCUCCACCAACUCCUACUUCUUCAUCAUCAUUUUUGAUGACCUCAGUAAUGAUUCACACUUAUUAUACUCCAUGGAUAUAAAUGUUGGAGUUGUUAAAUUUUUCCCCUACCUUCAAUUCUCCUAUUCUCUAAGUUUUAACGUGUCCCCCUACAUGUACAACUCUUUCGUCAUGUCCAAUGGACCCAUCAGAGGAUUAAAGAAUUCCUACCUCAUGUUCAUCAAUACGUCUAGCCAAGACACUGAUAAGUGUUGUGAGAAGAACGAUUUUUCUAACACCACCAAUUAUAAGAGGAGAAAAAAAAAACCCACGUUUUUGCUCCUCACAUCCAAGCCGUACUACGAUAAUGAACAACGAAGUGACGAAUUGCUUAGCAUCACACCCAAUGAUAUGAACAUUAUCAAAUAUGUUAAUAGAAUUGAUGAGAGUAAGUAUAGGAGUGCUCAGACCGAUGAUGUGAUUGAACUGACUUACAAAGAUGAAAAAAAAAAACAAAAAAUGAGUGAUGAAGAUCUUUCCUAUGCUAAAAUUUUCCAUUGUUUAGAGAUCAAUGUGUUGCAAAAUAAUACAAAGAAGGAUAUUGGUUUCUGUCUCUUCAAACGGUUCGAAGAUUUCAACAAAGAGAUUGUCCGCGUCGCCUUCUCCAACCGCUCUGCUGACUUCCUUACUGUGCAGUUUAACGGUUCUAUAUAUCUGUGGCACUUCCAGAGUUACAUAGACGAGAUGGCGCGCAACAGGGGGAGAGGCAACUCUUCCCACAGUAAAAGUGUUCACAAUGGUGGACGUGACAAAGUUAAUGUUUGCUGCUUUUACACCUCCCUGUACGUCGAAUUUUUUCUCGAAUCCUUGGCCCUCAACGAGAGCAACAAGGCCAAGGGAGGCAGAACUGACUUGGGAGGAUGCCAGGGCAGGGGCGACGAUGCGCGCAAGCCUGGUGAUAGGAGAGAUCAAAAGGGUACCAUAAACAACAAUGCCAAGAACGACGUAAAUGACGAAAACGAAUAUGAUAAUUUGUUUGUCAUAUCUUCUACGUCCUGUUCGUCAUACUGCUACUCCUCCAGCGGAAAUGAAUAUGUGCCAAGGGUCAACAGGGAGAAGGAACUCAAGAAGAAGCGGCUCCUUAGGGCACAGCGGGAGGUCAACAUUGGCGGGAAUGCACCGCUGGGAAAAGGGGUCCUCGAGGAGAAGGACAAGUCAGGAGCAGCCAAUAACGUAGACACUGGGGGCAGUAGCACAAUAGGAGUAGACCCGGCGGAAACGAACAACGGCAGCGUCAUCAUGGAGAGCAUCGUCCACAGUAGCGGUAGUGCCAGUGCAAGGAGAAGUGCAAAUGGAAAUAAUAGACUCGACACAAAUCGGCUUGCAUCCAACCGUGUGGAAACAAUUCAUCUGAGCACGAACCGCUUCACGGGAAAUCGCUUCACAGGGAGCCGCCUCGCCGCGAAUCGCCUGCACACUAACCAGGCGGCUGGAAAAACAAGUACACAGUGCGUAUACAACGAGAACACAAACAAUAAGCCCAAAAUGAGAGCCAAAAAAUUAAAUUACAAAAUUAGUAACGUCUCUUUUAACAUGUCUGACGAAUAUCUAAUCGUAGCUGAUGGCAUAACUAACAAAUCAAACUCUUCAAAGGAAGACACCUUUGCAGUGACCAUGAAGACUAACCUGUCCAUAUUCUGCUUAAAGACCUACGAAGAAAUUAAAAACUUCGACCUAAAAGAAUGCAACAGCUAUGUGAGUUUUAUCAAGCCAAACCCUUUCUUCACAGAUGUAAUUCUCUUCGCCUGUUUUAGAAAAUACAUUUAUUUGUUAAAUGUACAAAAGAAAAAGAUUAUAAAAAAAUAUUCUUACGAUAGCGAGUUGAAAAAUCUAAGUGCCGAGUGGAGUCAAAAUGGCUAUCUCUUCAUCGUCUCCCACAAUUAUGGUUACUUCUCCAUCUUCACACUUAACAAAAAUGCUUCUUAUAAAUUGACUCUAUCUGAUCAAAUCACUUCGUAUCAACUUUGCUCUUUCAACGAACCCAGCAUUAACGAUGUGACGCACAAUUUUGAUAAUGUUAAUUCUCUACCAGAUGUUUUUAUGUAUGACACUUUUGAGCCAAAUAAUAUAGAGGGCGCUGUUGAUCUUGUGCGAUUUAACAGUGGUGCGGGAGGAGCAGCAGCAAUGGCAGCUGGUAUAACUGCUCCUAGAGGGUUCCUUUUGGGGGAAGGGAUAAACAAUACAUCUAAUUUUAACACCGGUGUGGAAGUCACAGGAGCGGGUAGAAGCUUCAGGAACAAUUGGAGGGGAGCCAUCGGCUUUGGUACCUCUGCGAGAAUUGGCUCCAAUACAAGAAACGGUAUUACUACGAGGAACGGAGAAACUACAAGGAAUGGAAUCGCUACACGCAAUAGCAGCAAACGCAACGACGCGAACAGAAACAAAGGCAGAAGAGGCACCCGCAGAAGCAACCGAAUUAUAGAGGACAGCUCGGAGCUCUCCUGCUCGGCCAACUCAAUUUACACACUCUACACGGACAGCAACUCGAAGAACUCCAAAAUAUCGGUGCAGGAUGAGGGAGAAACUGGGGAUUCCAAGAAAAAAAAAAAAAAAAAAAAAAAAAAAGGCUCUUCUGAUGAAGGCAGCGUAAAUAGCCCUAAUGAUGAAGUCAAAAUCAUCGACAAAGAUACCUUCCAGGGGAGGGAAGACAAACAUGUUAUCAAUUUGGAGAACAUCCCUUCGAACAGGGAGGAAGUCAUCAAUGUUGAAGAUGUGCACCGAGAGUGCAUUAAGAAUAAUUCCAACCGAAGGAAAGAAGUCAUUAACCUUGAUAAUGUCCUGAGUGACAACUACUCCUAUGGGUUUAAGAGUAAAAGGACGGCAAGGAACAGAUCGACGGCGAUGAAUGUGGGAACCAGGUCAAGUGCAGCCAAUACGGCAGGUGUGCGUACGAGAAAGAGGCUGCAUAUAGUUAGAAACGAAGGUGCAAAAAAUUUAAGUAGUCAAUCGAAUGACCAUUCCUCCAGUGGAAGUGGAAGUGGAAGUGGAAGCGGAAGUCACAGUGGAAUUGAUGAUGAGUCUGGAGGAAGCUCCAAUGGGGAACACACAUACCAAGUUAGGAAAAACCCAUUCCUACCAAUGAAAAAGAGAAAAAACAGAAAUGUGCCAUCUUCAGAUUUUAAAUCUAAAAGCGAUAAACACGAUGAGUGCUUGUUAACGCCAGGUUCUUCUCACCCUAGGGAAGGAGCACAGUACCCCUACGACAUCAGCAUUAACAAAUUAAAAGAAUUUUUCAGUGGGGAAAAACGGAAGGAAAACGAACAGGUCAUGCAAAGGGAUCGGUACAUGAGUGAUGGGGAUACCGAUUUCGAAAAAUGUAGUUCUAUUAAUUUUUUUAGUGACAAUUCAAAUUAUGGUAGUUAUUCUGAUGAUCUGUUUAUCGACUUACCAAGAAGGUGCAGGAUGGGUUCGCUCCAGAGUGGGAACAACCACAUUUCAUCAUACGAAUCGGACCUGCAUGGACAGCUAAAGCAUGUGAGUAGGAGAGGAAACCCAGGUGAUCGAGUCGAUGGUGCGUCGUGCAAGGGAAGGUGGACGCCACAUUGUUCAAACGGCAUGUGGGCAGAGGAGCGGGCCGCCAAGGGGGGAAGGAAUCCCUGGAGUAGCGCCAGUAGUAGCAGCGAAGAGGACGAUUACGAUGACCAUUACGAUGACCGUUACGAUGACGACGAGGAGGACGACGCAUGGCAUGGCGAAGCUGCCACAGAUGACGGCAGAAUCGCUGUCGCUGCAGAGCGUACCGCCCGCCGAAAGAACAAACUGCGCAAGGAAGGAAAACCCCCCUGCCUGCUAAACUUCACCAACUCAAACAUUUUGGUGGACAAGAAAUUUAAAAUAUACGAGCAGCACCUGCAACCUCUGCUUCCAAAAUUUUCUAGCUUCAAUUGCAGUACAAACUACCUGGAUAAAAUUAGGACCUCCCCGGUAGACCCCAUAUGCGUCCAGCUCAACUACUUCGCCCAAAUGUGCCGCAGGUUGAAGAGGGAGAACACCAUAAAUUUAAAGUCCCUCCUAACCUUUGACGUUCUGUACAAAGCGUUGAUAAAUUAUGGAGCAAGUGGCGGUGUUAUGACCAUUGGUAGUAUGAAGGCAGGUGCUCACAGUGCGUGCGGUGCCUCUCCCACAUCAGAUCAUAAGAAAUGGUUCAACCACAGAGGGGCGAGCGAAGCCCACGGAAGUGCCCUUGCAGAGGUGAAGGGCGAGCGUAGGAGCAGCUCAGUUAGUGAUGGAUACCAUUGCGUAGUUGAUAUGGAUGAGCGACUCAUUCACCAAGCUGCCAACGCCAAGCAGCACUUCCAGGUGGUCAAUAGCAGGGGGGACGAGGAGCCCCUGCCCAGGAUGCUGGCCCAUAGGAAGAAUGAGAAAAGUGAGGCGUUCCUCCGUCUUUUGCGGGGUUGCGCUAGGGGUAGAGUUGACGGUACAUUUGGCAACGCAUUGGGUAGCGCACUUAGCAGCGCAUUGUGUAAUGGAAAGAACAGAGAGGAUAAUCCCCCCUCCGAGACGGACAGAGACCCGCAAGGGCAGCAGCACCCCUUCGGCGCAACGCUAACCAGGUGCAUAGAAACGUUCAAACAGAAAAGCGGAGGCAAGGACAAGUACAAAAUGUGUUAUAUGAACGCCGUGAGAGUAGGCCGAUCGUACAAAAGAUUUAUAAAUGUAAUAUCAACCUGUGACAAUAGUAGUGUCCUAACACACUAUAGCAGAGGAGGAAAAAGGAUCCCCGCAAAAAACUCCUUCCAACAUCAAAUGGAUGAAAUGAGCCAGUCAUUGCUCUACCAAGUUUUGAAGAAGUUUCCCUGUAGAGAAGAAGAAGAUAUUGAUAGUUUUAUUUAUUAUAAAAAAAAGACCUACUCAGAAAAAAGUAUUAAGGAAGUUCUUCAGUCUUAUUUGAAGCAUUACAAUUAUGUCGAACAAAACAUAGAGCAAUUUGACCAUAGGUUGUUCAUUUACACAAACGACAACCGAAUGCUUUUUAUGAAUUCACACACGAUGAAAUUGUUAAAGGUUUUACAAGAGAACUAUUGCAAAAGCUUAAUUAGAGAAAGUUUCAACCUCAUGAAUAAUACCCAGCUCAAAGGAAGAAAUUGUAUAAUUAAAAAUGUCGACGGGAUCAACAAUUGUACCUUCCUGAACCCAUACUCCUUAUAUCUAAGGUCCACUGGAAAUUAUGAUUUUCUAAACUCCAGAACUGUUCAGAAUACUCUACUCUCUAGUUAUGCUAGGUACAAUGAAUUAUUUGCCAUGUUUAGAGGUAACAUGCAGGUGAACAAUGUGGGAAGUGGAGUUAGUGCACGUAAUGUUGCGAAUGGGGCUAACGCUACCAACCUGGCCAAUGUCACCAAUACAAACAACACCAUCAACGUUACGAACUUUUUAUUGAACUAUGAAAAUGUUUUAAGCUCAGGAAGGAAUACAGAUAUUGCUGUGAUAAGUGAGCAUUCUUCAAUUUUCACCAGUGACCAAUCAGCCAACUUCUUUUCAGAGGAUGAAGAAGACGAUGAUGACGACGAUGACGAUUAUGUUUCAGAUGAUUAUGACUUUGGAUACCACCACGCAUCGAGCUCUUAUUCGAGAAGGAACAAUAGAAGGAACAGACGUAGGGGCACUACCAGAACUUCCAGAAGAACCGCCAGCAGUAGACGUAGGACCAGGACACGCAACAACAAUAAUAAUAACACUCCUAGAAGAACCUCCGCUAGGAAUAGAAAAAACAAUGAGAAGAAAAAUUACAAUUGUGAUGCGGUCGUCCAUGUUAAUGUCAGGAAAAGCGAUCGCCUACGAAAUAAAGAAAUGAACAGACGAGAGAACAAUGGUGGGGGAGCGAGCAUCAACAAUGGAGAUGAUGAUUUGCUCAAUGAUCACGGUGAUGACUUUUUUAACAACGGCAGCAGCAGCAGGCACCUCAGAAACAGCUCCUCCAACUAUUACAGAAGCCGCUACAACACAAGGUCUUCCAACACAAACCGCGACUUUACUUGA